GCUCAGGGCAGGUACGAGUGCGGCACGCGUCGCGUCAGUUUCCCCAAGACGAUGCCCGGAGAGAAAAAAGAUUUGGCUCUAAAACAACAACUUUUCAGCUUCUAAACAAUAUGCCCAGGGAAAUCAUUACGAUCCAGGCCGGGCAGUGCGGCAACAGCAGUUAGUUACAACCCAUCUCCCCCCGCCAUCUACAUACCAUUAUCUGCUCCCUCGAUAUGCCCGCAUCUACGCCGCCGUCUCCCGACUUGCUCUUGCAGCCAUGCGCAUACAGAUAUAUCGAACGUUGCUGAUUCUAUUCGUGCACAGUUGGAAGCCAGUUUUGGCAACAGCUCUGCCAGGAACACGGCAUCAGCCAAGAUGGAAACCUAGAAGACUUUGCGACUGAAGGCGGUGACCGAAAAGAUGUCUUUUACUACCAGAGCGACGAUACGAGAUACAUUCCCCGAGCCAUCCUGAUUGAUCUGGAACCGAGGGUCAUCAACGGUAUCCAGACUGGACCGUACAGAAAUAUUUAUAACCCCGAGAACUUUUACGUGGGCAAAGACGGCGUUGGUGCCGCCAACAACUGGGGUGAUGGUUACCAGAGUGGUGAGGCAGUGUACGAGGAUAUCAUGGAGAUGAUUGAUCGAGAGGCAGAUGGCAGUGACUCUCUUGAGGGCUUCAUGAUGUUGCACUCAAUUGCCGGCGGUACUGGAUCAGGUCUUGGUUCAUUCCUCCUCGAGAGGCUUAACGAUCGGUUUCCCAAGAAGAUCAUCCAGACGUACUCAGUCUUCCCGGACACAACGAACGCGGGCGAUGUUGUUGUUCAUCCUUAUAACAGUAUCCUAUCUAUGCGAAGAUUGACGCAAAAUGCCGACUCUGUUGUCGUUUUGGAUAAUGGUGCUUUAUCACACAUUGCUGCCGAUAGGUUGCAUGUUCAGGAGCCAUCCUUUCAGCAAACAAACCAGCUGGUUGCUACUGUCAUGUCUGCCAGUACAACAACACUUCGAUACCCCGGUUACAUGCACAAUGAUCUUGUCAGCAUCCUAGCCUCCCUCAUCCCAACUCCUCGAUGCCAUUUCCUUAUGACUGCCUACACACCGUUCACCGGUGACCAAGUCGAGCAAGCCAAGACAGUUCGCAAAACGACAGUGUUGGAUGUGAUGCGACGUCUACUGCAGCCCAAGAACCGCAUGGUGUCUACUGUUCCCGGCAAGAAAAGUUGCUACAUCUCCAUUCUCAAUGUCAUUCAGGGUGAAGUUGAUCCGACGGAUGUUCACAAGAGUCUGCUUCGUAUCCGAGAACGACGGCUGGCUACGUUCAUUCCAUGGGGACCUGCAAGCAUUCAAGUUGCCCUGACGAAGAGAAGUCCAUACAUCCCCAUGAGCCACCGUGUAAGCGGUCUUAUGCUCGCCAACCACACAAGUAUUGCGACGCUCUUCAAGAGAAUUUUGAGGCAGUACGAUGGCAUGCGUAAGCGUAAUGCCUUUAUGGAAGGAUACAAGAAGACAGCACCGUUCUCCGAGAACCUCAACGAGUUUGACGAGGCACGCCAAGUUGUUGCAGACUUGAUUGGCGAAUACGAAGCUGCUGAAGACGCAGAUUACCUCAACCCAGACGCAGGGGAGAAGCCCACAUCUGCAGAGACGGAUCGACGAGUAGCUUGAAGGAGGGAGGAGUUAAGGAUGAGUUGUUCAUAAUUGUGUCUGAGGUAGUGGGGUUUGAAACGUCACAAUGGGUGGUGGAUGUUGGAUGUUGAUAUUUGCUUCACAAUCACUGCACUGCAUCAAUGACAUUGCACUGGGGGCGUUUUGGGUGCCAGCCUCGGUUUUGGUUCGGGUUUAGAUACUUGGCUUGGUGAAUCCAUCGAUUGACUGGCUGAGUGCCUUGGUUUAAGGUUGAUACGUCGCGUGCUCCUUGGGUCCCGAGUCAGGCUAACCAAGGUAUUGACUUGGUACCUGACAGCAGUGACAGCAUCGCCUUGGUUGUGAUCCCUGUAGUCUCCUCACCGGGAUAUUGAAUGGGGUCGAUCCGCGAUCUGACUUAGCGUGGGUCGUCGAGUAAUAUCUCUGAGAUAUGCAGAAUCUGUCAGAAACAUCGUGGAACAUGUAACGUCAAAGAUGAUGUUUUGAUGUGGAGAAAGGACCGGAGCAUUUUGCGUGGUGAUGUUUUUGUGACGUCAGUGGUUCACUGACGUCAGAAUUGUAAAUGGC